AUGGUACAGCACGUGAGCACAAAGGCUAAAAGCCCAAGGUUAAACGUUAUUGCUCUUCCUGUGGAACAUGAAGCCGGGUCAGCAGGGGAUAAUCAACCAUUUGCUGGCAUGGUUCUAAACCAGAGGUUAGGUUCAGGUGAAUCUUACUCUGUUUACCACACCAGCCCGACCUUGCCGUGUCUCUCCAGGCCAGUGGUUCUGUGGUCUCAGCAGGAUGUGUGCAGAUGGUUGAAGAAGCACUGUCCACACAACUACUUGACCUAUGUUGAAGCUUUCUCCCACCACGCCAUUACAGGUCGUGCUCUCUUGAGAUUGAAUGGAGAGAAGUUAGAGCGGAUGGGUUUGGUGCAGGAGACUCUGAGACAAGAGCUUCUCCAGCAGGUUCUACAGCUACAAGUACAAGAGGAAGGGCGCAACUUACAGCUGCUUAGCAGAGGGCUAUCCGGAAACCUGUCAUAGCUUCAACCAUGCGUAGGGCAGUUCUACUAGACUGGCUGCACUCUGAAGGGACAUCAGUGUGUUUGGUCAGGCUGAGGCCAGAGACGUUUGACUGGAGCUGUCAUGGACUGGGACACGGGGACAGGUUUCAGUUAUACAGCUCAACCUCCACAUUCUCACUAUGCUUGAAUAAAACUCAUACCAAAGGAGAUCUACACAAGGAGCUUUCAUGUUGUCCUCCCAUGAUUUAUCAACCUCAAAUCUGCUUCGAAAUGCAA